UAGUGAAAUGGUGAAAAAUCAGACGAUGGUCACAGAGUUCCUCCUACUGGGAUUUCUCCUGGGCCCAAGGAUUCAGAUGCUCCUCUUUGGGCUCUUCUCCCUGUUCUACGCCUUCACCCUCCUGGGGAAUGGGACCAUCCUGGGGCUUAUCUCACUGGACUCCAGACUCCACACCCCCAUGUACUUCUUCCUCUCACACCUGGCCAUCGUUGACAUCGCCUACCCCUGCAACACGGUGCCCCAGAUGCUGGUGAACCUCCUGCAUCCAGGCAAGCCCAUCUCCUUUGCUGGCUGCAUGACACAGACCUUUCUCUUUUUGAGUUUUGCACAUACCGAAUGCCUCCUGUUGGUGCUGAUGUCCUACGAUCGGUACGUGGCUAUCUGCCACCCUCUCCGAUAUUCCGUCAUCGUGACCUGGAGAGUCUGCAUCACCCUGGCCAUCACUUCCUGGACGUGUGGCUCCCUCCUGGCUCUGGUCCAUGUGAGCCUCUUCCUAAGACUGCCCUUUUGUGGGCCUCAUGAAAUCAACCACUUCUGUGAAAUCCUGUCUGUCCUCAGGCUGGCCUGUGCAGAUACCUGGCUCAACCAGGUGGUCAUCUUUGCAGCCUGCGUGUUCAUCCUGGUGGGACCACUCUGCCUGGUGCUGGUCUCCUACUCACACAUCCUGGCAGCCAUCCUGAGGAUCCAGUCUGGGGAGGGCCGCAGAAAGGCCUUCUCCACCUGCUCCUCCCACCUCUGCGUGGUGGGACUCUUCUUUGGCAGUGCUAUCAUCAUGUACAUGGCCCCCAAGUCCCGCCAUCCUGAGGAGCAGCAGAAAGUCCUUUUUCUAUUUUACAGUUUUUUCAACCUGAUGCUGAACCCCCUGAUUUACAGCCUGAGGAACAUAGAGGUCAAGGGUGCCCUGAGGAGAGCACUGUGCAAGGAAAGUCAUUCCUAACAGGUGUGAUAUUGGAACUGCCAGCCUCAGUUGUCACCUCGACUCUUGAUGCCCAAUUAUUGCCUCAAUCCAGAAAAGUUUAUUAUUUUCUCUUUAUCUGUGCUUUACUGACAGAAGGGCAAGCCUUCUCUCCUUUUUUGCAGAUAAAAUUUUAAAUGUGUUGCAUUCAUUGGGUUUCUAUGAGAUUU